AGCAUCUUUACAGUUAAACAUCAUUACUGAAGGAGAAUAAUUGAGAUAUUUCGUGUUUUUCUUUUUUUAACGAGGCUGUGGUUUGAUCGCGAGCUGUCUGAUGGAUCUAGUGCAGUUUUAUCAGCCGGAAUCUUUUUCCUUUCCUUCUGAACCUACCAACUUUUUAGACAUGAUGUCAAUCAACACCCACUGCCCCACCUACAUCAAGGCAGAACCAUCGAGCCCCGCCUCCCCACUGGACAGUCUGACCCAGCACAGUCCAGGGGCAUCUUCAGAUGCUGGAAGCAGCUACAGUUCAGUAACUAAAGAGAUGCAAACCGGUCUGGACUUUCCAGUAGGGGCAGUGUUGAGUCCUAAUGGCGCCCCCUUCAGGCUGGUGGAGGAAUCACAGGUGAAGAGCGACUACAGGUUGAGUUCGGCCACCAAACGUCUGUGCCUGGUGUGUGGCGAUGUUGCAUCUGGAUUUCACUAUGGGGUGGCGUCCUGCGAGGCCUGCAAAGCGUUCUUUAAACGUACCAUUCAAGGUAAAAUAGAGUACAGUUGCUCGGUCAGCAGGGAUUGUGAGAUCACUAAGAGACGGAGGAAGUCUUGUCAGGCCUGUCGCUUCACUAAGUGUCUGUCUGUGGGGAUGCUGCGAGAAGGUGUGCGUUUGGACAGGGUGCGAGGAGGACGGCAGAAAUACAAGAGAACCAACUCCAAUUCCAGCGUUUGCCUCAGCGUACAACUUCAUCACAGGAACGCAUCACCCCGCAGCAGUAAGGAGGAGAAUAAGGUGGUUAACCUCCUGUUGGAGGCGGAGCCAGAAAGGGUGUGUGCCAUGCCUGACCCCGCCCUCCCUGACGGUGACAUCAAAGCUCUGACGACACUGUGUGACCUCGCUGACAGAGAACUCAUGCUGAACAUCAGCUGGGCCAAACACUUACCAGGCUUUUCCAGCCUCUGUCUCUCAGACCAGAUGAGUUUACUGCAAAGCGCAUGGAUGGAGAUCCUCAUCUUACGUGUGGUGUUCCGAUCGCUGCCCUGCGAGGACAGGCUGGUUUUUGCGGACGAUUACAUUAUGGAUGCUGAACAGGCCAAAUCCGCCGGUCUGCUGGAACUUCACAUGGCCAUUUUACAGCUGGUGCGCAGGUACAGAUCCAUGGGACUGGAGCGAGAAGAGUUUGUCAUCCUGAAGGCUAUCGCUCUCGCCAACUCGGACUCGAUGCAUAUAGAGGAUGUGGAGGCAGUCCAGGUUCUUCAGGAUUCUCUUCACGAAGCCCUGUUGGAUUACGAGAGCGUUGUCCACACGGAAGACCCUCGACGGGCAGGAAAACUCAUCAUGACCCUUCCUCUCCUCCGUCAGACCUCUGCCAAAGCCGUGCGACAUUUCUGCAGCAUCAAACAGGACGGACGCGUCCCCAUGCACAAACUUUUCCUGGAACUUCUAGAGGCCAAUGCCUGAUGUCUGCUCCGAUUGAAGCAUCAAACAGAGGUGACUCCACCCCCGCACGAUGAGGUCUGCCGAUGGACGAUUGUUUGUGAAUCCCGGUGCAACAAAAGACUGUCACCACUCGUAAUAAAUCAAACAAGAAAUAUACCAAACUAUACAGAUGCGUGUAGACUAGGACCAAAGGUCAACACAUAGCUCAAAAAACGAAAUCAGUCAAAUAUAUCAGUGAGAGCUCGAUGGAAGCGUUUCGGUGACCUGAAACUUGAAGACAUUCAUUGUUUGAUUUUUUUAGCUUUUAACUUGUUAAAUGUUGUGUCUCCAUAGGGGUGUUUGCCUUGCCAAAGAAACAAACAUGAGGGAAAACAAAAAAUGCUACACAUUUUUAAGUUUAAACAUUUCAGAGAUUGUUUUGAAUGUACUAUAAUGCAUAUUUAUUGGAGUAGAGGUCAAAAAAGAAGGUCUUUCUAUAUCAAACAGUAUCCGCAAAAAGCAAAUAUCAAAAACCGCAUCGACAAUUCUGAUAAAAAGAAUGAAUGCGUUUUAUCAACUAUACUAUUUCCUGAGCGAUUAUCUUGUGAUGUUAUUUUAAAUGCACAAAAAGCCGAAGCUUCAUGGAAGCUUAGUCGAAAUGUCGUGUUGAAUGGAGUUAGUGGUUUCUUAUCACAAGAGCAGGUGGGGGUUUGUUUUAUCAGUCACCAUGUGUGUUAGUUUUUGAAUCAUAUCAACAGAACUGGACGCUCUGUUCUUAUAAAGCGAUAUAGAUUAGCGGCCAAACCAGCCUAUUACGUCCGAGAGCAAACUUAAAUUGAGUCGAAAAACUACCAACUGAUAACAAGCCUUGUUUGAUCCAUUUUACUGUGUUUUACCACAUUAACCUUCCAGCACCCCAAACUGAAAAUGUUUGCUCAGUUGACAACAGACAACGUAACUGUAUUCAUAUCUGUUUUCAGAAAUAAGUGUAAAUAUCUUUUAUAGCCGUAACAGAAUGUUUUGAUUGAUGUUUUGAUUGACUAACACUUAAAAAUAAUAUAAUAAUAAAAGUAAAUUGAAUCAACAGUGACCUUGACCAUUCAUUCACAAUGGACACUUCAGAGGUGAUGGCUGUGCUUAAUCUCUCUCCAUGUUGCCUGUGUGUAUUUGUGAAUAUCAGAUGUUAUUAAGUUUACAAUAAUGAUGGAAACACUUUGUGCACAACAGAAAUGCCCUAUCUCUUCAGCAGUGUUGGAAUUCCGGAAUGUGUAUGACAGACAGACGGUUUUAUUUCUUUAUGUGAAAGGUUUAUAAAUGCAUAAGAAGCUUUCACCAACAACAGUAAUUUAAGUAUCACCUUGGAAAUGUCUGUGUUUGAUUGUACACAUAUGCAUUAUUUUUUUCAAAUAAACACUGUAAAGACAACAAUAAAACAAAGUGUGUGUUUAAGUACUUAAUUUUUUU